AAUACGUUAAUAGCGGGUAUUAUAAGGUUUAGUUUUAGCCUAAGUAAGGAAAUCGUUACCCUAAGUAUAAUAAAAGUAGAGACGUAUUUUAAAAUAAUAACUUUUUAUAUUUUACCCGUUAAUACCCUAUUUCUCUUAUAUUUAAAAGAUACAGAUCGACUAGGUAUUAUAUUUAAUAAUAUAAGGAAUAGAACUUUUAGUAAUAAGUAUUUUAAAAUAGUUAAACGACGAUAG